UAAAGUGAAAUAUAAAUGCCUCUUCAGCUGCAUGCAACAAAUGAGGAAUAAAUACAGUUAUCCUCAGUUUUGUCAUUAGCUGGAAAGUUUUUCAGUUCUUCAGGCUGAUGAAAACAGCUCAGGAUGCCUGAAGGGAUAUGGGCCUGGACUUUGGUGCUUGUUCUGCAUUGCUGUAGUGUUCUGAGCCAACAAUUCAUCCUGGCAGAAUGCAAUGAAGACAUACAUUUGCCGUGCCGUGUCAGUGAGCAGGGUGGCACUUAUCGCUAUAUGGUGUGGUACAGGAACGACACUGCCAUCAUUAAAAGGAAGCUCAAUGAUGUGACAUUUUAUAAUAAGUCCUCUCCUGCAUUUCUGGGAGUUAGAGAUACACUGGUGUUACAGAAUGUACAGCCCUCUGACUCUGGACAUUACCAGUGUUUCUUGGCUACAGACACUGGCCAAAAAGACAGGCACUCGGAUGUCUCACUCACAGUUUCAGGGUGUGCAACGGUCAGCCCGACUAUUGGACAUCGCAAUCUGGAGAGCGACUGCGACCUCCCACAACAUUGCAAGAGAAUUGCUGUUGAAAUGACAGAAAUUCCAUCUCUCUUAGGAGGUACACAUGAGGUCCUGUCUGAUCAUCUUCAAUGUGUUUUCAUAGCCACAGUUGUGGUUCUGGCUGUUCUAAGUGUAACAGCUGUUGUAUGUCUAUGCACACAGAGAAAAACAUACACCAGUGUAAAUGUACCUGGAUCAGUUUGAAAUGUCUGUAAGGAUAUAUGUAACAAGUGCGAUACUGAUGAUCUCAAAAUAUUUAGUAGUG